AGAAAACGCAUGCUUAUCGUAUAUAUUGGAAGUUCGGUGAAAGACCGGUCGUUGUCACGUUUAACGUUUACAUCGAGUGGACACACACUAGCUGCCAGGAGCGCUGCAAGCCCCUGAACCAAGAGAAGUCCUGUCCGUUCAUUUGAGAUUUGUCCCUCGUCGCUUGCUGUAGUCAGUCAUUUAAAAGGUUUUGUGUGGAUGGUGGAGGCUAAGCAGCUGAAUGAGAAUGAUGUAUUAAUGAGAUGAGAGAGGGAGAUGUUACAGAACUGAACAUGAAGAUGGUGUCCCAUCAGACUACCAGGGAGAGGCACGUGCCUGUAAAACGCCUUGAGAGUGAUGCUGAAAUCAUGGAAAUUUAUCAGUUUGGAAAGAAAUUGGGUCAAGGUAGUUUUGGAGUUGUAUAUGAAGCCACCCAUAUUGAGACACAGACGAAAUGGGCGAUUAAGGAGGUUUGCAGACCAGCAGCAGGAAGUUCAGAAGUCAAGAUGCUGAGUCGUGAAAUAAGAAUCCUCAAACGAGUAGACCAUGCUAACAUUAUACAUCUUAAAGAAGUCUACAAGACUGCUAAGAUGGUUUAUUUGGUUACUGAGCUGUGCAUUGGAGGUGAACUGAAGCAGCUGCUGCGGAAAAAAAGUUUUUUUACAGAGGAUGAGACAAGGCACGUCAUCUGUGGCUUAGCUGAUGCUGUUGUCUACCUUCACAAAAGAGACAUAGUGCAUCGGGACCUGAAACUUGAGAACAUUCUCAUCAAAAAUUCUCCGGAUGAGGAUGGUGAUGACAGGAUUAAUAUCAAGGUGACAGACUUUGGACUAUCGGUGGAGACAGGUGGCGUGGGGAUUGGGAACAUGAUGACAGAAGCCUGUGGGACUCUCCUCUAUAUGGCACCUGAAAUGAUGAGUGGUCGUGGCUAUAGCCAGUGGUGUGAUGUCUGGAGCAUAGGUGUUAUUAUGUAUAUGUUCUGUGUCCCCUGCAGACUGUGUGGGGAGCCUCCGUUUGUGACCAAAACAAAGGAAAAUCUGCUUGAGGAGAUUAUGAACAAAGGGGUUACAUUUACUCAACCCAUCUGGGCCACAGUCAGUGAUGCAGCAAAAAAUCUGUUGACUUGCCUUCUGAAGAAGGACCCUGCCUACCGCAUGUCUGCUAAUCAGCUAUUAGAAAACCCCUGGAUUACAGGUGACACUAAUGGGGCUGCUAUACCGCCUAAUGUGCUGGAGAUGAUGCGUGACCACUUGGAAGAGGAAGAGAUAUCACAGACUCUGGAGGACAUGCCUCUCACCUCUUCUGGGGACACCUUGGACCCACCCCUGGUCCCCAAGGCAGCUUCAGCAAAAGCAGACAGCAACUGCAGAAGCCCUGCUAAGCUCAGCUGUGAGAGAGAAAGGACCUUUUCUACUCCUUCCACAUCCACCAAUGUGGCUCGUGCCGGCAUGAAAGCGGCUGAGUGCAAAGCAGCGCUGACCUCAGGACACAGGACAAGAAGGACCUCAGCACAAGUUGUAAACCAGCACCUAAGGCAGAUUACCAGAGAGCUUCUGCCUCCAGUAAAAGUAGGACUGACCCCCUGCAAACCACCAGCCAUCUCUAAGACUAAUGUCCAUUCAAAAUAACGAGCAAUAACACAUGAUAAGGAGCGAGAGAGAACACACAACUUGUCAGCAUGGGCUUAAUUUGAUAUACACUUUAUUUAAUAUACUUCUGGUUAUUUUGUGUAGUUCUGUGAUUUGGCUGUCAUGUUAAUGUCACUACUGUGGGUGAUGCAGCAUGUAUGGUGAUGACCAAAGAGUAAGUGAGAGCAGUGAUGAGUGUCAAAUAAAUGGGCCAAAACUGCUGGAUAUAUGCUUACUGUUACACAGCCAGCUAUCUGAGAAUGCCAGAGAUUGAAUGAGUUACUACUGGUUGCAUCUUAUUGAAGGAUUUUUUAUCAUAAAGCAGCAGCCUAGAAUUAGUUAAGUAAAGAGAGCCAUCUGGGAGAUUUGAGCACAGUACAGUACCACCUACUUUUUUGGGGCUGUGUGGGGUCUUACGGGGUUUGUCAUGCUUUCAUAAAUGUUUUUUUAAAUUAAAUAUAGUAAUACCAUGGUACCUCUGUGCUGUUGUGCUGCUCAUCUGACAUGUCCCUUCUGCACUAGCUGGCUCUCCCACAGACCUCCUCUCCUACAUUGUUCUCAUUAGCUAUCUUUUCCUGCUUCAGCAGCACUGGCUGAAGCCAGUAAAUAUUCAAAACGAAUCAGCUGGAUUGCUAAUCACAUUGAUCGAACUGAUCAGCUUUCCCACACGUGAUUUUCGAUAUUGUAUUAUUCAAUAUUGAUUUGUAUUAACUUUCUCCACUUGCAGAUCAGUCCAUGUACAUCCAUGCUAUAUUUAGCGUACUGGCCUUGGUAACAGCUGUAUGCUAAUGUUAGCUUAGCUAGCCUUGCUAGCUUGCUAAUAAGAUAUUGGAAGAGUAGGAUCUCUGUGG